UUCAGUUGAUACACCGUGCGCUGAGAGGUUUCCAAGAUGGCGAAGAAAUCGGUGGCGGAUAAAACGCCUCAAAACGAAGAUUCUGUUAAAAAUAAUGACGAUAUAUUGAACGACGAUGAGGAACCUAAUUUUAGUGAUCCAGAAGGAUUUGUGGACGAUAUCACCGACGAAGAACUUCUCGGUGAUAUAUUGAAGCAAAAACCAUCGGAGACAGAUGGAGUGGAGUCGGUUAUUGUCGUCGAUGGAGUUCCCCAAGUCGAGCCUGAAAGAUUGGAGAAACUUCAAUCUGUUAUUAACAAAAUUUUAGGAAAAUCGGGCACAAUAGUAAACCAAUACUAUCCCAAAAAUGAGAAUGGAUAUACAAAAGGGUAUAUAUUUCUAGAAUAUAAUAACCCCCUUAAUGCCUUAGCAGCAGCACAAUCUGUAAAUAAUUACAAAAUUGACAAACUACAUACGUUCAAAGUAAAUUUAUUUACCGAUUUCAAAAAGUUUGAAGAGAUACCAGAUGAGUGGGAACCACCAAAACCACAACCGUUCAAAGCAUCCACAGAUUUGCACUAUUAUCUAUUAGAACCGGAUGCUUAUGAUCAAUUUUGUGUACUUUAUGGAAAUGGUCCUUCAGUCACUGUUCAGGUUUGGCAGAAUUCUGCCCCUGAACCAACGAUACUCGAAGAACGAUCUCGCUGGACGGAGACAUAUGUUAAAUGGUCACCAUUGGGAACAUAUUUAUCGACAUUUCACAAACCAGGAGUCGCGUUAUGGGGCGGUCAAGAAUUCGAGCAAAAAGCAAAGUUUAAUCAGAAGGGUGUUGAGUGUAUCGAUUUCUCGCCUUGCGAACGUUACUUAGUAACGUAUACUCCUCGAACUGAUCUCGGUUCUGAUCAGAAACGUCUCGUAAUUUGGGAUAUUCUUACCGUUAAGGAAAAACGUUCGUUUUAUGCGGAUGGUUCCUCGGUAUGGCCCAUCUUUCGUUGGUCGCACGAUGAUAAAUAUCUUGCUCGUAUGGGAGAAGAUAUUCUGAGCGUUUACGAAACGCCUUCGUUUGGAUUGUUGGAUAAAAAAAGCAUAAAGAUCCCUGGAAUCAGAGAUUUUAGUUGGUCGCCGACGGAUAACAUUCUCGCUUACUGGGUACCGGAAGAUAAGGAUGUUCCAGCUAGAGUUACUCUUCUCGAAAUUCCAAACCGUAAUGAAAUACGUAACAAGAAUUUGUUUAACGUAGCUGACUGCAAAAUAUAUUGGCAGAAGUCGGGAGAUUAUCUUUGUGUAAAAGUCGAUCGUUUCGCUAAGCGUAAAGAGAAAACUGAACAGAAGUAUACGGGUAUGUCGUACAAUUUUGAAAUCUUCCAUAUGAGAGAGAAACAAAUUCCAGUCGAUAGCGUUGAGAUAAAGGAACCAAUUCACGCGUUCGCCUGGGAGCCCGUUGGAAGUAAAUUUGCUAUUAUUCAUGGAGAAAUUCCAAACGUUAAUGUCAGUUUCUAUGAAGUGCGAUACGGUCAUCAGCCUGCUCUUCUCAAGAAAUUGGAGAAAAAGGCUUGCAAUCAUUUGUUUUGGUCGCCAUCGGGACAAUUUAUUGUCCUUGCUGGAUUGACGACUAUGGCAGGGGCUUUAGAGUUCAUCGACACUAACGAUUUUACCAUCAUGAAUUCGACUGAUCAUUAUCAAACUUCGGACGUAGAGUGGGAUCCUACUGGUCGGUACGUUGUAACAGCCGUUUCUAGUUGGAAAACUAGCGUUGAUAAUGGGUAUUGGAUAUGGACGUUCCAAGGUCGUAUUUUGAAAAGAGUUAAUUUGAAUCAAUUCAAUCAAUUACUGUGGCGACCAAGGCCCGCGACGUUAUUGACGCCAGAACAAAUUAAAGAAAUUAAGAAAAAUUUGAAGAAAUACUCUGCACAAUUCGAGAGCAAAGAUCGUAUGCGAUUAACCCGUGCUUCGAAGGAAUUAAUUGAGAAACGCUGUGCGGCGAUGAAAUCGUUCGAAGAGUAUCGUUUGAAACGUAUCGAAGAAUGGAAUAACCAGAAAAAACGACGUUUGGAAUUACGUAAUAACAUUGAUACCGAUGAAUUAGAUUCUGAUUCGAAGAACGUAGAGGAGGAAGUAAUUGAAUUUUUCGUCAAAGAAGAAACGUUCAUUCUGGACGACAAAUAAAUAAAAAGUUGUGGGAGAAGUUUUCCUGUCUGCCAUUCUUGGAAAUCUCUAGUGCAAAACCGAUUCAAUCAUUUGUGCAAAGUGUCAUUGAAACAAUUAUCUUCCAGAGUCACAUUAAUUGUGACUUUCAAUAGCAAACAAUGACUAAUUUAAGUGGUUAUGAACAGUUUCUUUUGUAUUAUUUCUGCACUCUAAUUGGAAUUGCUUCCACUGUUUCGACGUUUCGUGUAAAACGUCGCAAUCAUAGUACCAUAAAGUUUUAUCACGUUCCAUACAGGAUAGUAUGUCAAUCAACAAAUAAUUAUUAUCAGUAUAACCACA